AUGGAGAACGGGAAGCCCGACCUUGCCAGGGAGGAAGUCAGCCCCGGACCGGAGUCGGAGCCGGCCCGGGAGUCGCCAAGUCUGCCGUCGUCGGUGUCCAGCAAUGGUGGCAGUCCUGGUGCCCCUGGGAAGUCCACCCAGUACGUGUAUGGCACUGGCACGGGGUUCAGUAUCACCCUCAAGCACUACGACAGCCUGGUGGGGGAGGUGAAGUGUCCGGGAUGUGCCGAGCCGAUGGACGGACCGAUCAGCAUGUGCCAGAGUGGUCACAGCAUCUGCGAUUCGUGUCGUCACCAGUCCGGGACGGUGUGUCCACUGUGCGAUGCCCCGUUUACGGAGCUGCGGAACUACACGCUCGAGGCGAUCGCUUCGAAGGUGCAGUUUCCGUGUAAGAACGCAACCCGCGGCUGUACGGUCCGGUUGCCACUCCAGCUGUUACGCUGGCACCGGGAACGCUGCGGCUACAAGCCGAUCGAGUGCUUCAUGGGCAAGGUCUGGGACGAGUGUGCCUGGCAGGGCUGUGCCCGGGACUUUGCGGACCACUGUCUGGCGGAGCACGCCGACCGGGUGUACGAUGGGCCGCAGGUGACGCUACACUGGGACUGCCACGGUGACAGCGGAAGCCCCCGGGUCAGCGCCCGGCUGCAGCUGGUCGUGGCGUACUACGUGAUCAGGGCGUACGAGGAGCUGUUCAACCUGUACCAGAUCUACGACCCGGGUCGGCGCACCGUCCUGUGGACGGUGAUCUGCGCGACCAAGGAGCCGCGGGUCAGCGGCCGGUACACGUUCGAGCUGGAGCUGUACUCGUCGGUCGAAAGCUGGAAGCUGUUGGUCCAGCGCUUCCCGUGCCACUCCGAGCUCGAGCAGGACAUCCUGGCGGACUGGAACUGCGCGAAGCUGGCGCUCGCCGAUGCCCAGCGCUUCAUGGCCGCCGACAAGGUUCUACACUAUCGGGUGCGAAUUCUGGAGGUUGGACCAUCGCGCAGCCGUAGCCUGGGAACGCUCGGGGACUCGGUGGAUCGGCUGGCACUGACCGUCGGCACGUCGGACCAACGGCAGUCAAUUACCAGCUACCAGCACUGCUGUACCCGGAUCGAGAACGUCAACUUGAAGGCGGUUCCGGAGCGCAACAUCAUCAGCCGCCAGGAGUCACAGGUGGUAGUCGCCCCGCUGCCGACAUCCUGCGCCGAUUGCGACGACGAUGGCAAUGAUGGCGUUUUUCUGCCCUACAUCGACGACGAUGGUGCCGGUCUCAAGGGUGCCAUCUCUACGCCCGUUCUCCAUCGGGUCGCGUCCUACAGUCCGCCACCGCACAAACCGGCUCGGGCAGUCACGUUCGAGCAGCACCCGCUACAGCAGCAACUCCAGCUGGACCGUUUCAGUUGGCCAGUCGUCGAGACCGAAGCCGCCGACCAGGAGCCCGAGCCCGGAACGCGAGCCGUAGCACUGAAGCCGAAGCCGGACCCGAAGCUGGCCAAAGGCACCACGGCGGCGACGGCGGCCGCGGCCGGGUUGUCAAAGUUUUACCACGUCACCAGGGUCAAGGCGGCCAAGUUUCUCGAAAAGAAGACCUUUAAGUGA